AUGCCUUCCUAUGCCAGAUUUAUGAAGGAAUUGCUCACCAAAAAGAGGAAGUACAUUGAGGAAGAGACAAUCGAAGUGCAAGGCAAUUGUAGUGCAAUUAUUCAAAAGCACUUGCCUCCCAAAUUCAAAGAUCCAGGUAGUUUCGCUAUACCAUGCACCAUUAAGAAAUUACCCAUUGGAAAGGCAUUAAUUGAUUUAGGAGAAAGUAUAAAUUUGAUGCCUCUUUCCAUGAUGAGAAGAAUUGGAGAUUUGAAGGUGAAACCCACAAGGAUGAAACUUCAAUUAGCUGAUCGGUCUAUUAAGUGUUCAUAUGGUGUUAUAGAAGAUGUAUUGGUGAAAGUUGAUAAAUUCACUUUUCCAGUGGAUUUUGUCAUCUUGGAUAUGGAGGAGGACACUGAGGUCCCUCUCAUAUUGGGGUGCCCAUUCAUGAAGACUGCUAGGGUGAUUAUUGAUGUGGAUGAUGGUCAUCUAAAAGUUUGA